AGUAGGUGGCGGUAUUGCACCCCUCAAUGAUGGUUGCAAUCUUGAAAGAAGCCGCGUCAUGACCUCUUGUGUGAUUGGUCACAAAACCGGUUGAGAAAAUAGGAAAGGGGGGUCGUCUCCAACUCUUAUCAUGGCGGGACACAUGAAAUGGCGAGGAGGAUUUAUUUUUCUGAGCAUAGACAUAAUGUUUUUUUUAAUCAUGUUUGUAUGUUUCUUUCAAUGUUCAAAGCAAGCCUCAGAUUCAAAGCUACAAAUUCUAAACAUAGAAGAUGGCCAUCAAUAUGACAACAGUGGGUCAAAUCAGUUCUGUUACAAAAAUCCACGAGUUCCCGGGUGGAAAGAGUCUUGGAUUACAAUUCAGAUCAGAGUAUGGAGCUCAAAAGAGCUGAAGGUGACCAUUGCAGAGGACGAGGAGAAGCUGCAGGAACUGGACAGAUUCAGUUUUUGGGGCAUAAUUCAGCACGUAUUGCGGGAGCAGUCCAAUGAAACCACCAUCAGAAUUAAUCUAUUUAGCAAAAAAACUUGUUUUAAGAUUGCCCCUGUUGACCAUAAAGCUUUAUACACAGUAAAGCAAAUCCGCAAAUUUGAUAUCAAUUUGUUUCUGGUGUUUUUGGCUGGGGUGCUGCUGUUCAUCUUUGCAGACUCUCUUAGCAGGAGCCAAGUGUUCUAUUACUCUGCUGGCAUGAGCACAGGCAUGAUUGCGUCCCUCAUCAUCCUAAUCUUCAUAACAGCACGUUUUCUGCCCAAGAAAAGCCCAUUUUAUGUGAUGAUAGUUUGUGGCUGGUCCUUCUCCGUUUACAUCAUCCAGCUUGUAUUCCGAAAUCUUCAGCUUAUCCUCAAAGAACACUGGCACCUGGCUUUUGGCUAUUCAGCAGUAGUGGGAUUUAUUAGUUUUGCUGUGUGCUACCGCCAUGGUCCCCUUGUGGAGCAGAGGAGUAUCAAUAUCCUGUCCUGGACACUGCAGUUAUUUGGCAUGCUGCUGAUCUAUGCUGGGAUACAAGUUCAGCAAGUGGCCUUAGCCAUCAUCCUAGCAGCCUUUUGUGCCAAGAAUCUGGAGUACCCGGUUUACCUAGCCCUUGCUACUUGGCGUAAAGUCAAGCCAUCUUUUCGCUGGAAACCAGAGCCACGUCGUCUGUUGACUGAAGAGGAGUACCAGAAACAGGGGGAGGUGGAGACCCACCAAGCCCUGGAAGAGCUUAGGAAGUAUUGUACCAGCCCAGAGUUCAACACCUGGAAGACUGUGUCCAGGCUUCAGUCCCCAAAGAGAUUUGCAGAUUUUGUGGAGGGCUCACCACACCUGCAACAAAAUGAAGUGUCUGUUCACACGCAGGAGUAUGGUCUUGGAGGAAGCUACUUUGAGGAUGAGCUUUUUGCCACGGAUGAGGAUGAGGAAGAGAUUGUGAAGGCUACAAAACCAGAGUGUGACUUUGUAUGGAACAAAAUUGACUUGUGAAAAUAUGACAUUGCUGCAGUAAUCUAAGUACAGAUCUUAAACCCUUUCAGCUGUAUUAAAAGUCUAGUAGUCACUGGAUCACUAAGUUUGCCAUGAAAAAUUCAAAUGUUUCAGAAUGUGCUGUGAACAGUAUUCUAGAACUCUGCUUUGAAGUAUGGUACCUGCCAGUGUCCUGUUUUAUGUCUGAUGGACUCAGUGUUACCAUUGAAACUAAUUGUACAGAAAAUAAGCAUUCUCUUUUAGGAUUUUUUACAGAGUAGUCAUCUUAAUGUUGACAUUAAGCUGACUGCCUAAUCAGUAGAAAGGAAUGUCUAUGACUCAGAUUGUUUUUUAUUUUGCUACAUUAAAACGAAGCUGUCACGUGCCUUAAA